UUUGGGUUUCGGCCCGCCAGAGGUCCCUGCGAUCGAGCAUCGCGCAAGAUGGCGUCGCCCAGCCCCAGCGACUGCACCGUAAACACGGAAUGGCCUUCCUUUACAAUUCUACAGAAACAGGUGCAGGCGCCCGAAGAUAAGGAUGCCGCCGAGCAGGAACGGAAGCGACGGCGCGCAGAAGCAGCACGUGAACGACGUGCCCGUUUGGGUGCUGCAGGUCGCGCAGCAGCGGCAGAAGCCAAGCGACAGCACCGGGCCCGACUGCCCCCGGAGGUGCGUCGAGCUCAAGAAGUGGCCAGCAAGCGUCGACAGCGUGCCCGUCAACCAUCGGCAGAGCGUCGUGCCCGAGCAGCGGAGGCUCAGCGUCAGCGACGGGCCAGGAUACGGGAGCAACAGCAAGAACAACAACAACGAGUAUCGGAAGGGGUGGCUGUAGGCGGUGACCUAGACUUUGCAGGCGUGUCUUUAGAGCAUGACUUGUGGAAUGCUGUCACACAUCUUGUACCUCUCUUGAAGCAGGGAAGGUCCACUACGCAGAAGCGUCCCACAACAUAUACCAUGGGCUGUUCCUGUCACCCAUCCAUAAGAACUGUAGCUACGCAAACUUUCCCAACUGGUUCCAUGUCUAUUGUCAGCAGAUCAUCACAGUGCAACACAAUCAGGCUUGGCUUGGUGGCAUUGAAGACCACUUCUACUCAAACUGAAGAAACUCCAGAGCACGUGGCAAAGAAGCUCUGACAAACCUGCUCUUAAUUUAUUAGAAUGGGGUCUCAUGUGCCAUUUGCCCUGUGUGUCAUCUUCUACCUGUGUGAGCCGCGAUGAUUGGCAUUGUCCUAACCGAAGUCUCAGGGAAGCUCAUCCAUAAUCUGGUUUCGCCAUGCAAAGAGAGCCUACGGAUGCUGUGGUGCUUCUCCGGACAGUUUACUGCUGCGGGCAUUAGUGGCAUGGCCGGCACAAGCUACAUGCCGACGACGUACAGCGGGUGCUGGUUGGGGAGCCUUGUGGAAGUACAUGCAAAGAGAGACGUACACAACAGACUCCACAACACAGCACGAGGACACACGCCUACUACUGUUUUGCUUGGGAAUGGUAGUACUCCUUGUUACUGGGUGCAUCUGUCCGUGGGUGCGACGCUGCGAGGAGGUCUGGUUAUACAUACGUGGAGAAACUGGACUCUGAAUUUUAGCAGGGGUACAAUGUCAGACGAGGAGGAAGCCCUGGAAGAUAGACGACUUCCCUGAAGUGAAAUGACCUGCGUGUGUGUACACAUGGUAUGAGGGAGCUGGAUGGAGUGUUUAGCCUGCAGCUCCAUAAGGGCCAUUCCAUUACCAGAAACAAAAUUGGAAGCCUGGUGUCACAAACGGAAAUGUUCGAGUAAAGAAAAUGGGAACGAUAACAAAAACACGCCCAUUACCCUUCUCUGGUUCUGGUGCGGCUUGGUAAUUUGUAGCCUGUGCCCCAGAAGGCCCCUGUACAUGCCUGAAGGUACUUCAGGCCCGUGACAUAAUGUAACAGAGAACCCUUGCCACCUGUUAUGAAUCCAAGCAUUCUCAUUCAAAGUACCUCUGUCUGUCUCUCUACCUCAAAGUUUUGAAAUAGAGGAAAUUCUCCAACAUUCACGUCUGCCGCUGCGCGCGUUAAGGCUGUCUCAGUACGCACACGUAAGCCAUGCAACAAGGACAUGCAUCUCAGUUUUGGUAAAAACGCAACUCUUGAGUAGCUUUCAGCAAAUCCGCGAUUCCACAGAAUUUGGCCGUGUCUCGCGGAACCAGCUGUUUCCCUCAGGAUCGUGUUUUUUUUUUUUUUCACAAAUAUUUGAUAUAUCACAGAAUUAUGUAAGGAUUUCAAUCGACCUACGGCAUUUCCAUGGGAUAAAUCGCUCCGAUCGCUCACGACUGCAAUGCAUGACACGACUGACACUGCUGGAACUUACACAGCUGAACGUGCCGCGACGAAAGAAGACUUCACAACAGGAGCCACCGGGCAGAAGUUAAGCUGAUGGGUGGACAGGCGAUAUGAUGGAUUUGUCCAGCAUUCGGAUCUGUCCCACACGCCUUGCAUGGUCUCAUAAGGAGCAAAAUAACAUCUCACACUGGCUUUUUGAUUGUGCAUUUUUAUUUUCUUGUUGCAAAAAUAUGUUCUUUGUCUUGCGACCGCAUAGAGUACGUUGUCUUCUAUCCGUAACGCUGAAAAGGAAGUACAGAGUCAGUUUAUUCUCCCUGUGCAAAAGCUUCUCUCCUCAAUUGUUGAGUCAACUACACAGUGUGUACUUUAAAUACUACUCACUCUGUUGUCUGUAUGAAAGUGAAAACAAUAAAAAAGAUUGUAAAUAUUAGAAA